UUGGAGCUCUCGCCACUGUCACCCUUCUGCCCCCCCUCUCUCUCUCUCUCUCUCUGCUUCCAUCAAUCAAGAACUCCAGAGAGAGAAAGAGAAACCCAACUUCACUUUCCUCUUCUUUUGUCGGUACAAUUUGCGGGCUGAAUUCUUCCCUUCUGCAACUUGGAAGGCGGCAAAGAGCAUCGUUUUGUUGCAGAGCUUUUGAAAAUGACAUGAAAAAUGGUGGAUUCCUCAGAAGAAUCAAGUUAGGUAUGCUCCAUUUUUUUUUAUUCUGUAAUAUUAUUGUCAGAUUCUGUCAAGUUAUCAGUCGAUUUGGUGUGAAAAUUGAAGGCAUACAAACCCACAAUAGUAGUUAGAUAAAAAUACUGGUAUGUAUCUGCAAAAAAAAAAAAAAAGUUGUGCGGUACGGAUAUCUGGUGAUGAAGGAAGAAAAAGUGAUUUAAUUUAGCUUAAUUCCAUGAAAUAUGAAUUGGGUUUGUGUUUGAUUGGUCUCUGAGUAGAGAGAAGAGCAUGGUAUUUGGUUGUAAGAUAUGUAUGAACAUGCAAAGGGCUCGUAGCUCGGUUGGUUAACAGCAUUCGUCCUUGCACCGGAGCUCCGGAGUUUGAUUUCACCCUCCCCCAAUAUUGCUUGUAGCAGAAAGCGAUAUGAUAUCUCGAAUGGCAGAGGGGAAAGAUCUUAGAUGGUUUUCAGGGCACACCCAUUUGAAGAUGUCUCGGGUUGAGCAUCAAAUCCAGAUUAAAGAUGGUUAUUUGAGCUACCCUCCUCCUUUUUCUCUUCACUCUUCACCCCCAUAUGCUGGAACUUUUCGUAGUGAAUCGAACUCGAAUCCAUCGCCACCAUCAUCAUCCGGCACAAAAAUAAGUCCUGCUGUUCUUUUUAUAAUAGUGAUUCUGGCUGUGCUGUUUUUCAUCUCCGGUUUGCUUCACCUGCUCGUUCGAUUUCUUACCAAGCACCCGUCUUCCUCAGCGGAUUCUCAGUCUAAUAGGUACCCAGAAAUGUCUACUGCUGAUGCUCUUCAGAGACAGCUGCAGCAACUCUUCCACCUUCAUGAUUCUGGUCUAGAUCAAGCUUUUAUCGACGCUCUUCCUGUUUUCCAGUAUCGGGACAUUGUGGGUUUGAAGGAGCCGUUUGAUUGUUCCGUUUGCCUUUGUGAGUUUACUGAGAAGGACAAGCUCCGAUUGCUCCCUACGUGUAGCCAUGCUUUCCAUAUCAACUGUAUAGAUACUUGGCUGCUGUCAAAUUCAACAUGUCCUCUUUGUAGGAGUACCCUCUUUAAUCCCGAGUAUUCAGUUGAAAACCCAAUGUUUGAUUUUGAUGACUAUAGAGAAGAAGAAGGGUAUCCUGGUAAUGGAGAAAACAGGUUCGCUUCAAGGCAAAAAACCGUGGACAUUGAGGAAAUUGUUGUCGAUAAUGGGAUUUUGCCGGUGAGACUGGGAAAAUUUAGAAAGGUAGAUGCUGAGGUAGGGGAGCCAGGAGGAGGAGAGAGUAGUAGCAGUAGAUUGGAUGCAAGAAGAUGUUUUUCAAUGGGUUCGUAUCAGUAUGUGCUUAACGAUUCCGACCUUCUGGUUCCCUUAUCAAAUGAUCAACAAGGCCACAAUGUAAAGCCAACAAGAGGGAUAGAAAACAAUGGUAAUCUUUCAAUUGAUAGUGACAUGGAGGGAAAGAAGAUCAGCAGUGUGACUAAGGGUGAAAGCUAUUCUGUUUCCAAGAUCUGGCUCUGGUCGAAGAAGGGCAAGUUUUCAAGCUCGAUAGAUACACAGAUGGGUAUGCCUUCCUCUCUUAAUACAGACUUGCCAUGGAUGAAAAGAACGCAACCAGAAUGAGAGGUAUAUUCUUUAUUGUUUACGUGGUUGCUUAUUAAUUCAAAGCGUGUUAUACCUAGUUUUGCCCUUCCAAAUUUUUUUGUAAUGCUAAUUCUGUACUUGUGAUGAUUGAUUGUGUACCGUGUCGUGUACUUUCUUAAAACCGGAUAUAAUGUCUUGUGAAGAAGGGGUUUUCUAAUGUUAGGGAAUGACAAUACUGGCAGCUGAGAUAUGGGCUAUGCCAUUCUUGUUGUGGGAAA